UAAACAACAUCACCUGAGCUUGAAUGCUGUCUCAUCUCCCUCCCUUCUGUCUCACAUACUCUCGCUCCCUGCCACACCGCUUUCUUCUAAAAUCUCACUUUCUCUCUCUAACCCCCAGCAUUUCUUCCCAAAUUUCCUGCAACAAUGGAAAACCUUUGAUUUUAAAGUAUUAAUUAAAUCUGUACUGCUGCUAAAACCCUAGGACCAUCUUCUUCUUUAAGCAAUUUUAUAAUCCCCCCUAAAACCCUAAAUUCCGCCGUUCCUUAAAACCCCCCUUCAUAUUUUCUCUCUCCUCCUCAUCUUCUUCACCCUCUUCUUCCCGCUCUUUCUAAUUGGACCCUCUUCUGAAAUUUUCGUUGUGUUCUUCUUCCUGCCAUGAAAAAGUUAAACUCUGCAAAAAUUUGCAGGAAAUGCUAAUUUCAUCUUCCAAUGCAGAAGUUACUGCGUCGCAGCCCACCUGGCUCUCCACUUCUUCUCUGCUCGUCGUCUGUUAAUCCCCAUUUUCUCUCUCCUUAUCCUUUCAAAAAUAACCCCAAAAGUCCCACGUUUAAACCCCUUUCUCUCCCCUCUAAUCCCUCACUAGGGUUUUACGCUAAAGCCACCUCUGUUAUUGCUUCAGAAUUCAUGCCUGUUUCACAUUCCGCCGCUUUUUAUUCUCGCCCUUGUGUUAAUUUCCUCCCCACUUCGUCUUUUUCUACUAAACCCUCUGCAUUCUCGUCUCAUAGAUUUUCCGGAGGCACUGGCGGCGGAGGGAGUUACCCGGUAUGCCGGUGUUCGGUGGAGGAUGGGAAGGAUUUACAGCGGCCGUGGGUUGUUUUGAAGGGAAUGCGAAGUGGGUCCCGCUUGGCUUGGUUGCAUAGUGCUGCUGGGAAUAAUGGAGAUGAUAAGGGUACGGUGGUAGACGAGGUUGAGGAGGAGAGUGAAAAUGGGGCGGAAGAGGCGGAGAAGCCGGCAAAGAUACAGAGGAGAACGAGAAGUUUAGGUGGUAAUAAUGCGGUUUCUGGGCUUGUGGAGAGUCCUGAUUUGCUGACAAUACCAGGGGUUGGGCCGAGGAACUUGAGGAAGCUGGUGGAGAAGGGUAUUGGUGGUGUUGCUGACCUGAAGCAGAUUUAUAGAGAUAAGUUCUUCGGCAAGUCCAAUCAAAAGAUGGUUGAAUAUCUACAAAGUUCAGUGGGAAUUAUUCACAGAAACCAUGCUGAAAGUAUAACUACCUAUAUCAUAAAGAGUGUAGAUGCGGAAUUAAAGGACGACGGUUCUGAUUCAGGCAUCAGAUCACAGAACAGAAUCACCCUCUGCGUGGAGGGAAAUAUCAGUGUUGGAAAAACUACCUUCCUGAAAAGAAUAGUUAAUGAAACAAUUGAGCUACGUGAUCUUGUUGAGAUUGUUCCGGAACCCAUUGAUAAAUGGCAAGAUAUUGGACCUGAUCACUUUAAUAUUUUGGAUGCUUUUUAUGCUGACCCACAGAGGUACGCGUACACCUUUCAGAAUUAUGUAUUUGUUACAAGGGUCAUGCAAGAGAGAGAUUCAUCUGCUGGAAUCCAGCCUCUGAGGCUGAUGGAGAGAAGUGUCUUCAGUGAUAGAAUGGUUUUUGUACGAGCAGUUCAUGAAGCAAAAUGGAUGAAUGAGAUGGAAAUCAGCAUCUAUGACUCUUGGUUUGAUCCAGUUGUUUCAUGUUUGCCGGGUCUUAUUCCUGAUGGUUUUAUCUACCUUAGAGCGAGCCCUGACACAUGCCAUAAGCGCAUGAUGUUGCGUAAAAGAGAGGAAGAAGGUGGAGUUAGCCUAGAGUACCUGCAAGGUCUGCAUGAAAAGCAUGAAAGUUGGCUUUUCCCCUUAGAAACUGGAAAUCAUGGAGUGGUGUCGGUCAGUAAGCCUUCCUUCCCUUUGGAUAGAACUGCAUAUCCUACUAUACAAGAACGUGUAUGCUUCUUGGAGGGUCCGCACAUGCAUUCUAGCAUUCAAAAGGUUCCUGCAUUAAUUCUAGACUGUGAGAAUGACAUUGAUUUCAACACAGAUAUUGAUGCCAAAAAAGACUAUGCUCAACAAGUUUCUGAGUUUUUCGAGUUUGUUAAGAGAAACAAAGAGGUUCAACCUCCUGAAGCUGGCGAAGGAGCUGAGAAAUCGCAGGUUCUGCUUCCGAACAAGGACAAUUUAUGGAUGCCUGGAGGAAAGCAUUUUCCUGCAUCAGCUCUUCAAUCCUUGGACUUUAGGAAGGCAAUGUCAAUGUUCUCUGGCUAGUCAGUCAUCUUGCUGAACUUAUAGAGGUGUUGAGAGGCACCAGUUUUGUGUAGUAGCUGACACUGCUUUUCUACGUGUUGAAAGAUUGUUCUAACCCUUUACCCUUUGUUUCCGAGACAAGUAGAUAGGGUUAUUUUGGCCAUCAAUGCUGUGGUGUUCAGUUGGAUGUUUAUCUGCCUCUUUGUUCAAGCGUUGUUCAUAUUAAUUAGAUGGUUUGGUUAAUAGACGUCGUCUUCUGUAUAUUGUAGAAAUGAUUUUUACUUUUCUGCAGAUGCUAGUUCAAAUCACAGUUUGUUGUUAAUUAACUUUUUAUCAAAAAUGAAUUAUUAUGAUUCUUUA